AUGAGAGCAGUUGGCGUAUGUAAUGAUGCGAAGGAGAAAAAGCAAGAAGAGAAACGAGUAUAUAAAGUUUUGAGAGGCAACGGUUACCCUAAAGAAAUGUUAACGAGAAUUUGUAGGGAAAUUGGAAGUGGUAAUUUAUCAGUGGGCGAUGCUGAACAACCAACAGACCUGGAUAAGGGCAAUGGUUUAGUAGUCCUUCCGUAUAUUCAAGGUACAACGGAACGAUUAAAACGGACAUUAAUUAAAAACGGAUUUAAAGUUGCAAUGAGGCCGGUAUGCACGUUGAAAAAACAGUUAGUAAAACCAAAGGAUGUAUUAUCAAUCCAAGAACAGACAGGGGUGGUGUAUAGCAUCCCCUGUGCGGGCUGUGAUGUAGAAUACAUUGGUGAAACAGGACGAGCUUUUGGAACGCGAGAGAAGGAACACAAGGCAGCAGUCCGUUUGGGGAAGAUUGAAAAGUCAGCUUUGGCUAAGCAUGGGUAUGAUUGUGAGCAUGGUAUAGCAUGGAACGAUUCAAAAUUAUUAUGUAAAGAGAGCAGAUGGGCGCAACGUAAAUGGAAAGAAGCAUGUAUGAUUGAGCAAUCGGGUAACAGUAUUUCGAACAGAGAUAAUGGUAGGAUACUUCCUGAUGUUUAUAAGCCGAUUUUAAAGAAAUAA